AUGUCUGAGCGACCAAACAUCCCAAAUGACCCAAAAGGACCCGACAUACCCCUCCAGGACCUUUCGCGGGAAACCACCCGACAGACCGGCCGUUCGCCUGCAACAUCGCCUAGCAGGCGCAGUAUAGUGUCGAGAUCGCUCUUCCGAAGCCGUAGUUCGGUUUCUCCGACUGGUCAAGCUGGUAGAGUUCAGAGGAGGAGUAGUUCGUCCCAGAGGAGCGCCGGUGGAUUGGCUCCUCGAAACUCGACGGGAGAUGAAGGCCCUACGGUUGCCGAAGCACGACCUGUCUUUCGUAGAUCGGUAGUACAUCCGAAUAUACCAGUCAUCACAACAAGUCUGGCCGAAGAUGAUGGGAGGACGACCACACAAUCGACUGUUUUCGACAAUGAGGGGGGGAUGAAUGUAGAUAUGGAUACCAUGCGACGUGGAUUAGUAGAAGUGUUGGCGGGAGAAACCCAGGGAGGUUGGAUGGGACAUAGUCGGAGGCGCUCGAAUGCUGGACAAUCGAUAUCGCAUCCGCCGCGGACUUCACCGGGGGCUUCACCUGUUGACACCCAUUUUCCGCAACAUCAACGUGCUAGUGUAGGGCUUGGACUCGGAUCACCGACAUUUGGAGGCCCUGAUGACUACUUUGGCGACUACUAUUUAAACCCUGCACCCGGCACAAUAUCGGAGGAAGAGGAAGAUGAUCAGGCCGGGUUGACGGAUCCUGCCAAUCUACAGCCGAUGGGCAUGUCACCUCAGGCAGGGAAGUCUCCGACGUCCGAAGCCGGUACUCCUAGAGGGAGAAAGCGGUCUCUAUCGCACAAUGUUCGGUUCGAUCCCAAAAGUUCGCCGUCCAGGUCACCUGGUACUAGGCUUGGGGAUGACCUCCAUCAGGCAGAACAGGGCAUGAGACGGGCUUCCCCAAGAAGGGGAGGAUCCCCUGGGAGGAAAACGUCUAUCAAGGGCCGAAAAAUGUCGCUCGCUGUUCCCGGAGCCUCAUCGCCUGUCCGUCGUGUGUCAAUGGCCGUUCAAAAUAUCUCCCAGAGAGUUGUCAAUCUGUCCAACGACCCAAAUGCUGAUAUUGGGAGAAGACCUUCCGUCAAGUCAAGCCGGAGCGAUAUCAGUCCUGCUGCAUCCCCCGGCGAGCGGCCUGGUGUGCCACCGAUGUCACCAACUGGUAGCAGUGAGAAGGUAUCGAUGCCGUCGUCGGAUGAGCCUCCUCCUCCCCCGGAAUUUCCUAGAAAGCUUUCCAUAAACCCGCUCAAGGGUAAUAGCUUGAAACUAUUCCCACCAGAUAAUAAGCUCCGAAUCUUCCUCUGUGAUGUCCUAACACACCCGAUUACCGAGCCCUUCAUUUUGCUCACUAUCAUUGUCCAAGUUGUCUUGCUUACUGUAGACUCUGCUAAGAACAUCUUCGUCCACCCAGACGAUAAUAAAUGGGGUUCGAGUGCUUCAGACUAUGCCCUUCUUGGGAUAUUUAUCCUUUACACUAUGGAGUUGGUAGCCCGUAUCAUCGUUUCUGGGUUCAUCAUCAAUCCGGAUGCGGUUUCGAAUAACAUUUACAAAACCUGGAAGGCGUACAUAGAGGCAAAACUGCGAUUCAUCUUCACGCCCAGUGAACAACAGGUUAAAAUGCCGACUGUUCAACAGCUGUCGGCGGCUGCGCUUUUCCCCUCCAUGGCACAUAUCCAUUCUGGCCAGGGCUUUCUACACACUCGCGAUCAGCAAAGAUUCCAACUCUCCCGGCGUGCUUUUCUUCGACACUCGUUCAAUCGGCUUGAUUUUUUGGCCGUAGUUUCCUAUUGGAUUGCUUUCGUUUUGGCGAUUACUGGACUAGAAGAAACGUAUCACCUGUAUCUCUUCCGAAUGCUCAGCUGUCUCCGAAUUUUGCGCCUCCUCGGUAUCAGCAGCGGUACAGGAGUCAUCCUCAGAAGUUUGAAGAAGGCAGCCCCGUUACUCGUAAAUGUAGCGUUUCUCAUAUCGUUUUUCUGGCUAUUGUUUGCUAUCAUUGGAGUCCAGAGUUUCAAAAGUUCCCUGCGGCGCACUUGUGUUUGGAUAGAUCCUCUCGGGGUGCAAGAAAAUUAUACGCAAGAAUUCCAGUUUUGUGGCGGCUAUAUCGACACUAGUAACCUUUUAGAAAUGCCCUACAUGUUCCCGGAUGGUUCUCACGCAGAGGUAUCCCCGAAAGGCUACAUCUGUCCCAUAAACUCCCUUUGUGUGGAAGGGGAGAAUCCGUACGGAGGCACGGUUAGCUUUGACAACAUACUCCAGUCCAUGGAGCUUGUGUUCAUCAUUAUUAGCUCCAAUACUUUCACCGACAUCAUGUACUAUACUGCGGAUAGUGAUUACCUAUGGUCUGCACUCUUCUUUAUCUUCGGUAUGAUUAUCUUGACAUUUUGGUUGGUGAACUUGUUGGUUGCCGUCAUCACAUCAUCGUUUCAAGUCAUCCGAGAGGAGAGUAAGCAAAGUGCGUUUAGAAACAAGGAGGACGAAGACGACGAAUCUAGUGAGGAAAACCCGCAUAUCCUCCCAGCAAUCCGCGUCAAUAAAGCCAAAAAACUUUAUGAGAAGACAGAAUUUGUCUGGAUUCUUAUAAUUUUUACUGGCCUUGCUGUUGCCUGCACUCGGAGUGCGGAUAUGAGCCAGAACCGCCGCGAUAUCAUUAAUGGAGUAGAGCUUAGCGUUUCUUUACUCUUGCUCGCUGAAAUCAUCCUUCGGUUUGCCGCUGACUGGAGAGGGUUCUUCAAAGUGUCCCGCAACUAUUUCGAUCUCGCACUUGCAAUUAUCACCUGCGUGAUGGAAAUACCUGUGAUUAAAAACCAAGAGAUUGUAUACUCUUGGUUGACACUCUUCCAGAUUCUGCGGUUUUACAGAAUUGUUCUAUUUGUGCCUGUCACGCGCAACCUCUUGCUCCUCGUUCUGGGAAGUGUGGGUGGUAUCCUCAACCUAUUAUUCUUUGUGCUCCUCAUAACCUUCCUCUGCUCUAUUUUUGCCGUCCAGCUUCUUAGAGGUAAUAUCCCGCAAGAUGACGGCGACGGGAACGAGAUCAGAAUUACGUUCCAGAACAUCUGGAACAGCUUCUUGGGGAUGUACCAGAUCUUCUCCAGCGAAGGUUGGACAACUAUACUCUACGACGCCCAACAAUAUGAGAAUAGAUUCCAUGUCGGCUGGAUAUCAGCUAUCUUUUUCAUCCUCUGGUUCAUCCUCGCCAACUUGAUCAUCCUGAAUAUGUUUAUUGCUGUCAUUCAGGAGAACUUUGAUGUCACAGAGGAUGAGAAACGGCUUUGGCAGAUCAAGUCAUUCCUUCAAAAGAAGGACGGUGGGAAUCCGGCAGGAAACCUCUCGCUAUCUUCGCUCUUCCGAUUCGGCAAAGCCCAACAGCGUGAUCCAAUAGAAUUUGGGCAUGCCGGAGUGGAAAUGUUGACAAGGAAUGCCAUUGUGGAUGAGUUCCUCGACGACCGGCCUUUGGAGGAGACACCCAACAGCGAGGCGAAUCCGGCAGGCAUCCACCAUCAACGUACUAUUCGUUUCGAUGAUGGUGAUAUGCAUUCUCCGGAUGUUCUGACUAAGAUCGGGCAAUGGGUUAAUAAGAUAUGGAAAGCGAGGGAGGAGAACCCUUUCCACACUACUAGAAUGUUCAACAAACAAUCGGAGAUUGCGCCAACAGCUAUGGCACAGGAACUUGCGAAAUCACGCGAUCGGAUCCGAAGGGCCCAGCGAGAAUACUUGAUACGACACCCUGGGUAUAACGUAUCCCUUUUCAUCUUUGGGCCCAAGAAUCCAAUUCGGCGCAUGUGCCAACGAAUCGUGGGGCCUAGCCAUGGAUCGGAUCGGUUCGAUGGUGUAUCACCUUUCAUACCAGUUUGGCUCGGUUUCUCUGCCUUGGUCUAUACCUCUAUCAUCGCCAUGGUUAUCCUUGCUUGCAUAACAACGCCGCUUUAUCAAAAAGAUUAUUUCGAAACUCAUGGUUACACAACUAGAAGUUGGUUUGUCUUUGCUGAUAUCGGGUUUGCAAGUUUGUUUACCCUAGAGGCCUUGAUCAAGAUCAUUGCGGACGGGCUUUACUGGACACCAAACGCCUAUUUGCGCAAUGUAUGGGGAAUCAUUGACGCCAUCGUCCUUAUAACUCUCUGGAUCAGUGUGGGAACCUCUUUUGCAGACCAGGGCGAGAUUGCCAGAGCUGUGGGUGCCUUCAAAGCGCUCAGAGCCCUGAGGCUACUCAACGUGAGCGAUAGCGCACGUGAGACAUUCAACUCGAUGCUAUUCGGUGCCCGAAAACUUAUUUCUGCGGCCUUCGUUUCGCUAGCACUUUUAAUACCGUUCGCCAUUUACGGUGUUAACUUGUUUGCGGGCAAAAUGGUAUCCUGCAAUGAUGGGUCCGUAGAGCAGUUGGACGAUUGUAUUUUUGAGUACGCGAGUUCGCCAUACAACUGGGAUGUUCUAGCCCCAAGAGUAGCACAGAACCCAUGGUACUCGUUUGACAAUUUCGGGGACUCCUUGUUGAUUCUUUUCCAGAUUGUGUCACAAGAAGGUUGGACAGAUGUACUGUGGCAGGCAAUGAGUAUUACUGGCCUAAACAUGCAACCAGUUCAGGGCAUAUCCCAAUAUAACGCCAUUUUCUUUCUGGCAUUCAACUUGUUGGGUGCCGUCUUUGUCUUGACUUUGUUUGUAUCCGUCUUUAUGCGCAAUUAUACAGAACAAACCGGUGUGGCAUUCUUGACAGCUGAACAACGUUCGUGGCUCGAAUUACGAAAAUUACUACGGCAAAUAGGGCCAUCCAAGCGGCCGAGCAAUAGCCCCGGCGAACGAUGGAAGGCCUGGUGCUACAACCGCUCUGUGCGCAAACAUGGACGAUGGAAUGGGUUUAUCACCACAGUCCUUUUGCUUCACCUGGUACUGCUUGUGAUUGAGUACUACCCCGCAAACCGGAAACUAGAUACUUACCGAGAUAUCAUCUUCCUGUGCUUCGCUUUGGUGUACGCAGUAAAUAUCACAGUCCGUAUCAUCGGUUUGACGUGGGAACAAUAUAUCAAAAGUCGAUGGGAUGUAUUCGGCCUCUUUAUUGUGACUGGAACUCUCGGGACGACGACUGCGAUUAUUGCUAUUGAGAAGGCGCCAAUCUUCGUUCAGUUUCAAAAGCUGUUUCUGGUCUUAGAUACACUCCUUCUCAUUCCGCGCAACAAUCAACUUGAUCAAUUGUUCAAAACUGCCGCAGCUUCUUUCCAAGCCAUCGGUAACUUACUGCUCACAUGGCUUGUCCUGUUCGUAGUUUAUGCUAUCGCAUUGGUACAAAGUUUUGGACUCACCCGUCUAGGCGAGAAUGGUGAUGGAAACAGAAACUUCAGGACAAUUCCGAACGCCCUGGUUGUCCUCUUCAGGAUGAGUUGCGGUGAGGGUUGGAAUCAAAUCAUGUAUGAUUAUAGCGUCACAACUCCUAGCUGCGUUAUGAGUUCCAACUUUUUCAGCUCGGACUGCGGCAGCAAAGGAUACGCGAGGUUCCUGUUCAUCUCGUGGAACAUCAUCAGUAUGUAUAUCUUUGUGAGCAUGUUCGUCUCUCUCAUUUUCGAGAGCUUCAGUUAUGUCUACCAGCAAUCCGGAGCACACAAUAAGCUAUCGCGAGAGGACAUCCGACGUUUCAAACGGGCCUGGUCGCGCAUCGACCCUAGAGGGACCGGGUUCAUUCCUCCCGAAAAACUCCCUCGAUUGCUUGCAGAACUCGACGGCGUGUUUCAGAUGCGCAUUUAUGAUGGCCAUUACACCGUCAAAUCUAUCUUGAAGGAUUGUAGGGUCGGACCCGAGAACGAUAGACUUGGCAUCGGUGUCGACUUGAAGGCCUUCAACCAGAGAUUAGCUAGUCUCCCUGUUUGGAAAAUUCGGCGACAACGGCACGUUUACACUCGCUUUGUGGAAGAAUGCUAUGUUGCAGCGGAUAAGGAGCGCGGUAUCUCGUUUACUACUGUGCUGCUGAUCCUGGCACAUUACAAGCUUAUUGUAGACAACAAGAGUCUCAGGCUUGAGGAAUUCCUUCGACGGAGAGCAAAACUUCAGAUGGUGGAGGACCACAUGCAACGGAACAUUGUUAGGAACUUCUUCCGUAUGAUUGUCGCAAUGAGGGAGUUUUCUUCCAUAAGCGGAAGAAAGUCUACGGUGCCUUAUAUCCCUGUGAUACGCACAGACAGGGACAGGACUUCCACAGUUCCCCAAAUAUAUGUCGAGUCUGAAUCCACACCUGAUCUGCUCGCAACGCUCCCUGUAGAUAUGGGGAGGCCCCGACCGUCGACGGCAGGUUCACCCAGAUAUGGAGCCCAUCGAGUGUCAUUUGACGAUACACUACAUGUAGUCCCGCUUUCCCCUACCGGGUCAGGCGUCUCGCCUUUGACUACUCCAGCAGAACCUAGAAAUUCAUCCGGGUCUUGGAAUCGGGAUCCCCAUUUGGGUGAACCUUCACAACAUCUACGAGCAGAUGCUAGACUUUCGACGCAUGAUGUUCUAGAUGCGUUUCAGAGUUCUUCUUGGGGAGCUGCGAUGAGGAGAUCUGUAUCGCAUGCGGGGAUAAGACGAAGCGGGGACCAGCAACAGCAGCAGCAGCAGCAGCAGCAGCAGCAGCAGCAGCAGCAGCAACAGCAGCAGCCCAACCCACGGUUCUCUUUCAACAGCGAUCGUAGUGAUCGAUGA